UUCACACUUGUUUUAUAUUUUGUUGUUUUUUUUUUGACGUAAAAAGCACUUAUUUUUAUUUAUGUAAAAUAGUAAUAUAUAUUUAAUAUUUAUAAAUUCAAUGAAUAUAUAGAAAAACAAUUACAAUGGGAGAAAAAGGAGUACAUUUAACAGGAACCUCUUAUUCUAAACCGAGUAUUUUUGAAAUUGGUGCUCAAGAUUUAUUGUCAUUAUCCCUUGAACCUGCGUUCAAUAAACUUCUUACUGUUUUAGCAAAUUUAUAUCCAGCAAAAUUUGGCACUUUUCUCAGAUGGAAAGACGAAACUUUUAUGUUGUUAAACGGUGCUUUACAACAUUAUUACCUCUGUCGUCACAGCGCUUCGUUUUCUGAAAAAUUUUAUGGACUGAAAAGAGUUUCUUUAAAAAAUUCCAAUACAAUUACUAAAUUAAGUAAAAAUCAAAAGCAAGCUUCUUUAAUUUUAUUAAUUCUUUUUCCAUAUUUAAAUAAAAAACUCGAUGCUUUGAGAAAAAAAUAUUCCCUUGAAUUAUCUAGUCCCAAUUGUCCAAAAUUAAAAAGAAGGCUAAUAACAGUUUUCAUUAGCAUUUACUAUAUCUGUGAUACGAUAAGAGAAAUUUUAAAAUUUCAAAAUUUAUUACUAUACACCGCUGGAAAAUCAAAGUAUACAUCGCCAUUUUUGAAAAUUUUCGAUAUAACAUUAUCCUAUUCAUUUAUGAAUCCCUCGAUUAUUAUUACGGAUCUUUUUUAUAAAAUCAAAAAAGGUACAUUUACAUUAAAAGACGGUGGUACAAUACUUGAGGAGGUUGCCGUAAAAUCAUUGGAAAUAGCGGCAUUUAUUUUUCGUUUUCUACAAUAUUGGGAUAAGGAAAAUUAUGAUAAAAGUUUAAUUGCUCUUCCAACACCAGCUGCGCCGCCAAUUACAGAAAAGGCAAAACAAUUUCAAGGACUUUGUCCAAUUUGUAAAAAACCAUUUCGCACACGAACUGCAGUUGCUACUUCGGGAUACAUCUUUUGUUACCUAUGCAUUUUACCAGUAAUACAAAGGUAUGGAAAAUGUCCUAUUACAAAUUAUCCAGCUAUCGAGGACGAUUUGAUUCGCCUCUAUGAGCAGUAAAAUUUUAUAUAUAUAUAUAUUUAUAUUUAUAUAUAACUUAAAAAUUACCUACAUUUUGUAAAAGGAAUAAAAAAUAGAAUUUCUUGCUCUGUUUUCUUUUCUUUUCUUUUUUCACUAUUUUAAAAGAAAAAUUGAUCAUAUUUUUUGUAAUAAAACUCAGUUUAAAAAUCAGUUUAAAAAAUAAAAAAAUUUGUGAAAUCUUA